AUGGUAAUGCUUUGGGGAGAUCUGGAGCAAAUCUCUGACGCGUGCUACUUGUUUUUCUCGGUGGCAACCUGUAGCUUAAAGAAUACGAACUAUUUACUUAGCCAGAAAAAGUUUCUGAGUCUGUUGGACUUCAUGGAAAACGAAGUUUUUGUAUCACAAUCAUUGGUUCAAGAUAAGAUUAUUUCGGCUUAUGCAAAGAAGAUGGGGAGGAUUUACCUAAUAUACAUCGUCUGUGGUUUUUGCAACUGUGUAGAGUGGGCGUUGGUGCCGGUUUUCGAGAAAGAAGGCCAUAAGAUAUUCCCUUUCAAAAUAUGGAUGCCUAUGGACGCCGCCUCUGCCGAGAUUCCAGAAUAUCUACUCGGCUAUGUUCUUCAAUUAUUUGGAAUAAUUUUUAGUGUCUCUACUUAUCUCACCAUGGAUAUCGUCGCGAUAUCCCUGCUAAUGUUUGUUCCUGUACAGCUCGAUAUUAUUACCUGUAAAAUAAAAGAGGUGCAACAUGUCUCAAUUUUGUUUGACCCAAAACAACGAAGAGAUCUCAUCGAACAUAACAGUGCGCUUCUAAAAGAUUGUAUUCGGCGACAUCAGGCAUUAUUACGGUACAUUGAGGGGGUUGCCGAUAUAUUCGACAUACACAUAUUCUUCCAGCUCAGCGCCACCGUCAUCGUCGUCUGUAUCAUCGCCUUGCAGAUGACCAUUGAGCCCCCAAACACCUUUCAUUACUACUCGACCGUCAAUUAUCUGAUGGCAAUGCUAGUACAACUCUGCUUCUACUCUUGGUCCGGCAAUGAGAUCACUGAAAGGAAUAAUGUGCUGAGGGAUGGUUUAUACGAAUGUCUGUGGUACGAGCAAGAUCUCAGCUUUAAAAGAACGCUAUGGAUUGCCAUGGAAUUCAUGAGUCGACCGCUCAUCUUCAAAGCGGGAAACUAUAUUCCGCUUUCACGGCCGACUUUUGUAUCGAUACUACGAUGCUCAUACUCCUAUUUUGCAGUUUUAAAUCAAGUCAAAAAUAAGUAG